CGCAGGUGGGACGGCAAUAUGGCCGCGCGUGCGAGCCGCUGCGAGUGACAGUUAUCAGCGGAUUCCAUACCCGGGAGAGCGCGAAAUAAUGAUUUCCCGCAAUUGAAACAAGUGCCGUGCUACGCGAUGAUCAAGGAGAUGGCGGACGAUGACGCCGUGCAGGCGACGAACGACGAUGCGAGCGAAUGCAAGCGGAACGCGGUCCAGCUCGGCUACUGGCAGGACCCGUUCAUCAGCUUCUUCGUCAAGCAAACCACUCGGAAAGCGCCCGAAAUUAAUCGCGGCUACUUCGCCAGGGUCAAAGGAAUCGAGGUCUUCAUCGACAAGUUCCUGAAGUUAUCCGGUGGCACGUGUCAAAUAGUAAACUUAGGAGCUGGCUUCGACACUCUGUAUUGGAGGCUCAGAGACGUGGGCAACAGUCCCCUUAACUUUAUAGAGUUGGACUUUCCUAGCGUAACGGCUAAAAAAUGUUAUCACAUCAAAAAGCACAAACAACUGAUCGACAGAUUAAACACGGAAGACGGAGAAAUCAGGUUCUCGACGACGGACUUACACGCAGCAAAUUAUCACUUAAUUGGCACGGAUCUGCGACAUACGUCCGAUCUGUCGAACAAGUUCAUGCAAGCCGAAGUCAAUUUCGGUCUACCGACACUGUUUCUUGCCGAAUGUGUCUUGGUAUAUAUAGACACGAGCGCAGCCUCCGUAUUGUUGAAAUGGCUGUCGGAGAAGUUUCCAAAUAGUAUUUUUGUGAACUAUGAACAAGUUAACAUGCGAGACAAGUUUGGACAGGUCAUGCUGUCCAAUUUACGUAGUCGAGGGUGCUUACUGGCUGGUGUCGAAGAUUGCGAAUCAUUAGAGACCCAACAAAGACGCUUUAUAGUUAACGGUUGGGAGGGCUCGAAUGCCUGGACAAUGGUAGAAGUGUACGAUUCACUGCCCGAAGCAGAGCGAACGCGAAUCGAGCGUAUAGAAAUGUUGGACGAGAGAGAACUCUUGACUCAACUGUUGCAGCACUACUGUAUCGCAGUCGCCUGGAACGGACAGAUGUUUAAAAAUCUAUCUAUAGCGCAGGGUUAAGUUUCUCAUACUUCAUCGGUUACUCCAGGUAAAGCAAAAUCGAAAUAAUCGAGAUACUCCGAGCUUGUACAUCGGGAUGAAUCUUAGACACAAGACAUAGUUGUGCGCGAUCGAACGACAAAUUAUAACACCACGCUUUCUAUUCGCAUAAAGUUCCGUGUUAUCCAAUGUAUGUACAGAAGGGAGAUAUAAUGAACGAGACACGACGAGACUAAGUAAUAGAAGCGUCUCCUAACCGAUAUCCGAUAUUUACAAACGACUCGAUAAUCGCUCGUUAAAUCCAGGCCCUUUCGUUCCGAAUGCAAAGCGCACUUGGUUCCCCCUCCGGUACAAGAUUAUACGAUUUUUAUACGUUUCAUCCGACGCGAACGAGCACCUCUCCGCAUGUCGUUCCAUCGUCAUUAGUUAGGAAGAUUCUAUUACUAAGAGAUUACGCUAAGAUCGGAACGUAGCGAGAGUACUGCUAGCGUAAUCGAUUAUCUUUAAUAAUUUGCAACGAAAGCGAAGGUGCAUUCGAGAGGACCCUUCGAUCGUAGAAAGUAAAGCGUUAAUCUUGUAAAUUUAUUCUAGUUCAUUGGUUAUACGAGGAGGGCAAAGGACAAAGGAAAAGAGAAAAGAAACGAAAUAAGGGGAGAAUUCUAUUUCGAACUCUACGAGAAGCCACUUGGCGUUUACGUCUAUUGCUCGAAUAUUAAUUAUUUAGGGCCGCUCUUAACCAAGUAUUACUCGUCGGAAGCAAUCGCAGCGCGUCUGUCACUUAGCCAUCGGUAGAUCGUUUUAGAGAACGGUAGAGGGAGACAAGAUCGAGAAGAAAAAAAAUGUAUUUUCAUAUAUUCAGGAGAAUCAGGGUUCAAGGAGAAUAGAAACCUCGAGGAGGAAGACGAGGGGAAGAGGCAAGCCGGUGCCGCGGUUCACCUCUUCGACAAGUCACAUGAAAUACACCUCACAACCGUACGCAAUCUUUUUACAAGGGAUCCGUCGUCAACUGCCGAGUCCGCCUCGCUAUUUUCGACAUCGUUCCGUAGGAUUAUUACGUUAUUAUAUUAUAUAUUUAGUCGAGCGCGGUGCGGAGUUGAGGAGGCGCAGAGAACGGGAUUAAGUGUGACUUAGUACUGCCUGGCCUUGUAUUCUAGCACACUAAGUUUACAGAUAUACCUGGAGUAACGUAAUUACAGGAGGAGGGACGGGAUAAAUAACAGAGGAAACUAAUUGAACGUUAUAUUUUUCUCGAAAGUUCCCGAGUAUCCGUGGGCAAUUAACUCUCGCAUCUUCUGCAUGUAGUAAAAAGGACGUCGUCCCUGUCUUUCGCUGUAAUCCACGUCUUCGUGGUAAUGCGAACUCUUUACGAUCGCUAAGAUUCCCAUAAAUCGGGGGGAACUUGCCGAUUUCCCCCAUCCGUACUUCUCUCGAUCGCGAGCAAUUUGUUCCUCGAUAGUUUUUAAAGUUCCGUACUUUGUAACUAUUCGUAACUAUUCGUGACUAUUGGUAACUCUUCGUAACUGUCCUUCAAAUGCGCAGUCGGGGGAGGACGUUGAAAACGCGCCUUCGCCCGAUUAUCGUAACGUUUGCGAGAUGCAACCGGUCGAGACGUAAAUUCGUAUGGUUUUUUUUUUCUCGUUCGAAGGAACAAAUUUCACGCGAAUUUCUUAUCUCGACUGGGUAUUUAAACGCGAAGUCUGCCGUCGCGUCGGCGAGAGGAACGAGGCUGGACGGAUCUCGAAGGGAUUUCGUUUGCACGUCUUUGAAUCACCCCAGGGGCAAGGGAAAUCACGGGGAAAUCACGGGGAAAUCAGCUGGAAAUUGUUAGAAAUCCCAUUGCCGUUUAUUGCGGGAAACUAGGAGCAGUCGGUUUUUAAUGAUGGAUAUCAUUUUCUCUGGUCUUCGAGUGAAUACCUCCUCGAGCGCGGGCACGAACACUGCCACUGCAGAGAGUCCUCUUAAAGGGGGCGAGAUUUCAUCGAAGGGAAAUUAAAUCCUGCCAUUGCGUCGCCGAG